GAAGUGACUGUGGGUUUCAGUUUGCUUCUCUCUCUGUGAUACUAUUGCAGGGGAAUGAUAAUUAGACCUUUACUUACGAAAUCCGAAGGGGCUCACUCGCGCCCCCUCUCUCCCUCCCUCUCUUUCUCCCUCCCCCCCUCAGAUGUUGGCAAAGAGGGUUUUCUUAAUCAGACUGUUUUUUUGGUCCGGGAGAAGGAGGAAGAGAGAGAUUGUGAUGGAGAAAGGGGUCUGUAAAACGUCAGGAACAGCACAAAGACUUUGCCACGUAAUUACAGGCUCCUAUUAAGUCGAGAUCUGCCCUCCCAGGGGUCUCCAAUUUUCAUGUAUUCCCUACAAAGCCUCCUCUGCAUGCCAGUUUGUGCCUUUUGAAGUGCCAGAGAGCUCCUUGAUCCAACUGAGAAGGAAAAAGGAGCUCAAAAAGAAGAGGGGGAGAAAGAGAAGGGAAAGGGAAAAAAACUCACCACCCUCCCUUGGACUCUUGAAACCCUCAUUUUUUUUUUUUUUUUUUUUUUAUUCCUUUACGAAGAGUAAAGUGAGCGUCCUGCUCUCCAAUACAUCUGCAAGACAUCACCCUCUCCUCCUGAAACCUUAGUCACUCCUGAGAAUCAACAGGAGUGCAGAGAGGGGGGAACACGUUUUCUUGAAGAUGUUUUAAAGCUGGAACAAGCCUUCUUCUGUUGGUGCUUGAACUCUUGCCUGGGAAUAACUUCUUAACGUAAAAAAAACUCAAAACCACUUUGAUUUUUCUCUUCUUCCCCCCCCACCCAACUUUUCGCUCUUCUUCUGUUUGCGGAACUCCCUCACCAUCCCUGCUGGCUUUCCCUUCCCUUGCUUCCCCUUAUUAAUAAUAAUAACAGUAUUAUUAUUACUAUUAUUUUAUUGUUUGUAAAAGUUUGGGGGGAACUGGAAGAGAUUGUUUUCUCCCCGAAUGUAGGGUGACUUAUUUUUUUUUUAAAUUUUUUUAAUUGUGUGGAAUAUCUGUUUGAGAUCCUCCGGGCUUCUUGGCUGUAGGAAACCAGCGAAGGCUGCGGGAGGUAGUUAGUAGAGAAGGUUCUGCUCUUUAGAAGGGGUCCCCGCCUUUCUCUCUCUCUCUCUCUCUCUCUCUCUCUCUCUCUCUCUCUCUCUCUCUCUCUUCCUCUCUCCCCCUCACUCUCCCCCUUUCCCUCUCUCCUCCCCCCUUCUCUUUUUCCCACUCUGUCUCUCUCCCCCUUGCGCCCACAACGUUUGGUGCUGAUCCGAGCGGGAAGAGGGGGGUGGGUGGGAUUGGAGGGGGAAGACCAUGACCUCCAGCUAUGGGCACGUUCUGGAGCGGCAGCCGGCCCUGGGUGGCCGCUUGGACAGUCCCGGGAACCUCGAUAACCUUCAAGCAAAAAAGAACUUCUCGGUGAGUCACCUGCUCGAUCUGGAGGAGGCCGGUGACAUGGUGGCCGCUCAGGCGGAUGAGAGCGUCGGCGAGGCGGGACGGAGUCUGCUGGAGUCUCCGGGGCUGACCAGCGGCAGCGACACUCCGCAGCAAGACAAUGAUCAGCUGAACUCAGAGGAGAAGAAAAAGAGAAAGCAGAGGAGAAACAGAACCACCUUCAACAGCAGUCAGUUGCAGGCAUUAGAAAGAGUCUUUGAGAGGACACACUACCCUGAUGCUUUUGUACGGGAAGACCUUGCCCGCAGGGUGAACCUCACUGAAGCCAGAGUUCAGGUGUGGUUUCAAAACCGAAGAGCCAAGUUUCGCAGGAAUGAGAGAGCCAUGCUGGCCAAUAAAAAUGCUUCCCUCCUUAAAUCCUACUCAGGGGAUGUGACUGCAGUGGAACAGCCUAUUGUACCUCGUCCUGCUCCAAGACCCACCGACUAUCUUUCCUGGGGGACAGCCUCUCCGUACAGUGCUAUGGCUACCUAUUCUGCUACAUGUGCCAACACUAGCCCUGCACAGGGCAUGAACAUGGCCAACAGCAUUGCCAACCUGAGACUGAAGGCAAAGGAAUAUAGUUUACAGAGGAACCAGGUGCCAACAGUCAACUGAGAAAAACAAACAAAAACACUCAAAAACAAACCUAAGAAGAAACCAGAAACAAAGUCAAACAGAAAGCCACCAUAAGAUACCUAUCUUGCUCUGUCCAUUGCUUCGUCUGCUGGGGAAAACAAGCAAACACAGACAGACAAAGAAUGCAGAACUAAAUAUUGGGACCAUAACAGAGAAAAGCAGGAGAGGAGCAAACUGAAAAAAAAAAUUAGUUAACAAAUGUUUCCCCUCCCAUUGGGAUAUCACUA